AGCUACCAUAGUCUGCCACUGGUCAUCGUCAUACGCGGCUCCAUGUUGAUAGACACUGCUACAUAGCAUGGCGCCAUCGAGUGUAGAGCCUCGACCACUGCCAAGGAAUGCCGCGGUCGACUCCUCUGCACGCCUGCCCACGCCGGCAAGGACGGGCGCGGCAUUCUCCUUCCCCUAUGCCACGCCAUAUUCGAUUCAGCUCGACAUUAUGACAGCCCUCUUUGAAGCAAUAGAAGGACGCAAGGUGGCAGUCUUUGAGAGUCCUACGGGGACCGGCAAAUCGCUCAGUCUGAUCUGUGCUACCUUUACUUGGCUCAGGGACAACGAAAAGAGAAGAGAAGCUAUUGCCCUCGAUGAAGGUGACGGGGGACCCGAUGCUGAACCUGCUUGGGUCAGAAGGCAGGCAGCUGAGAGGAAGAGACGCGACUUGACUCGUCACGAGGAGGAGCUCAAGGAGCGGAUAGCAGCCGUCAAGGUUAAGGAAGCCGAGCUCAGAAAGAGGGCAUUGAGGGAUGCCAAGCUUGGGUCAGCCAGAUUCGCCAAGAAACAGCGUCUUGACGAGUCUGGCACAGAUGAUGACGUGCCCUCAGACGACGACGCUUUUCUACCAUCAGAUUCGCCUGCCGACGCCUCCUCAUCGGCAUCGGGUCAGCCAGCAUGGCAUGCACUGACCUCUAGCAGCGAUGACGACGCCAACCUUUCUCCCGCUGUACGGGCCUUGAUGGCCCAAUUCUCCGGACCAAGUACGAGCGACCUCGAAGAGCUUCCAGAGACAACGCCAAAGGUGAUCUACGCCUCUCGGACUCACUCUCAGCUGACUCAAUUCGUAGCCGAGCUGAAAAAGACUUCUUUCGGAAAGGACGUUCAAGUAAAGGAGGGAUCAAUGGGCGAAUCUGAGGCUAUCCCUGCCAUCCGCACGAUCCCCUUAGGUUCUCGAAAGCAGAUGUGCAUCAAUGAGGACGUACAAAAGAUGGGAGCGAAAGCGGGUGCAGAGGCCAUGAAUGAGGCGUGUCGUGAGCUGGCGUCAAGCAAAGAGAAGAGUAAGCGCUGUCAGUUUCUACCUCCAACAGAUGCUAUCGGUCGUGCUCAAGUUCUGGACUUCCGGGACCGGGCUCUCGCCCAGGUCAGAGAUAUUGAAGAUCUUGUCCAAGUCGGAAAAGAGAUGAAGACGUGCCCCUACUAUGCUGGCAGAACAGCGGCGAGGCAAGCCGAAUUGGUGACGCUUCCUUACAAUCUGCUCCUGCAGAAGACUGCUAGAGAGUCGCUGGGGAUCUCCCUUGAUGAUGCGGUGAUUCUGAUCGACGAGUCCCACAAUCUCAUCGACACCAUUCUUGGAGUCUACUCGUGCACCAUCACCUCUACGCAACUCACGGUAGCCAAAGCGCAGAUCAACGAAUACCUACGUCGGUUUGCAAGCCGCCUGAGAGGGGAGUCCGAGAUGCACCUGAGAACAUUGAGAAGGCUGCUCGAAGGUCUCGAGAGAGUGGCGAAGCAAUGGGCUGAAGGUGCUAGAUCGGGCAAGGAAGAAGUCUGGACCGCCAGCAAGAUGGUCGAGGCGAUGGGAGGAAAUCUUGAUACCAUCAACUUUGGAAAGUUGGAAAGUUUUCUGAAGGAAUCGCAUAUCGCUCGCAAGGUCAGCGGCUACGCUGAGAAGGUGGCAGAGAGGGCAAGCAAAGCAAAGGAAGAAGGCCCGAGGGUAGUGAAAGGAGCACGCAGUACCACGACUGGUACCACGUUGCCCGCUGGACCUCUGCCGCCCUCAGCCAUUGCGGCGAUGCACAACAUCGAAUCAUUCGUACUGUCUUUGUCGAAUCGAGCGCAAGACGGUCGUGUCCUGCUGAGCCUACUGCCAGCAGCCGAAGGGAGAUCCCUCGGCCCUUAUGCAAGCAUGGCUCCUGUGGUAUCGCUUAAGUACCAACUUCUGAACCCAAGCGAGUCUUUCUCGAGUCUCAUCACAGCUGCUCGAGCCAUUGUCAUGGCUGGUGGUACUAUGGAGCCGAUCUCUGAUGUUCGCAAACAGCUCCUACCCUCUCUGCCGAACGAAAGGUGGUCAACGUUCUCUUGCGGGCACAUCGUGCCCUCCGAGAACCUCUUUUGCUCGAUUGUACCAUCUGGCCCCCGGGGAAUACCAUUUGACUUCACCUACGGCAAGAGAGGAGACACCGCUUUGCUAGACGAUCUUGGGAAUGCCAUUGCCAACUUCGCUGCACUAAUACCGCAUGGCGUUGUUGUCUUUCUACCCUCGUACAAGCUUCUGGACGAAUUGGUUGCUCGAUGGAAAGAAACAGGUACAUGGACUAGGCUACAGUCGAGAAAAGCCCUCUUUACCGAGCCCAAGCUAGCGAGCGAGGUAGAGGCUACGUUGCAGGCCUACACGUCUGCGAUAGAGGAUGUCAAAACUGCUUCUACAGUCACGGGGUCCCUGCUUUUUGCCGUCGUCGGCGCCAAGCUAUCCGAAGGCAUCAACUUCAGUGAUAGGUUGGCCAGAGCAGUGAUCAUGGUUGGGAUGCCAUUUCCAAACUCUCAGUCUCCGGAGUUGAUGGAAAGGAUGAAGUAUGUGAGGUCACUGAAGAAGAAGAGCGCUUUGGAGCCAGCGUCUUUGGCUUCCCGAGAAGAUCCGGGCCAGGCAUUGUACCUCUCUCUGUGUCUCAAGGCAGUCAAUCAGUCGAUCGGUAGGGCCAUCCGUCACCAGGGCGACUUUGCUUCUUUACUACUCCUCGAUGGCAGAUACGCCCGGAAAGAGAUUCGCAAUGGGCUCCCUGGAUGGAUUCGCGAUGAGGUCAAGGUGCAGGAAGGCUUCGGUGGGGCGAUGAAGGACUUGGGCGCUUGGUGGAGGGCCAAGCGUGCCAACAACAUGGUAUGAUGCGGGGUAGCGGAACCACGUCUCCACUUGCAAUUCAGUAUACCCAGAUCAUUUGUAUGGCGCACGGAAGUGGCGGCGGAGCGUCAAUGCCAGAAUGCUUCUCGCG